GAGUCACAGAGGUGAUUGCCAACACCUGCGUGUGUUGAUCACCUGCAGCACGUGCGCUGUCUUGCUGACCUCGAGCUCUCAGUGGAGAGUCUCUCUAAGUUUGGACCGGUUUCGUUGUUUAUGAUGGAAAAACAAAUGCCAUUGUCAGCUAUCCUUGGUUAUUUUCGCACGGUUACCUUACUGUUGCUGGUCAGCGGCCCGCUGGUUAAAUCUUCUGUGACUGCCUCCAAUGCGCUCCACCACCUGGGCGACUUCACCUACGACAGCAUCUUCUCCCCGCUGCUCAAAGCUCUGUCGGAGCACGGAGGAUCCAGGUGGAACCCAGGCCUGAGGAAGAAGAUGAAACCCGAGCACAAGUACAUGAAGUAUCUGACGGACGUUUACAAGAAGUCCUCCAGGGUGCAGAGGAGUUUGGACGGAAGUAAAGGCUGCAACACAAUCCGACUGAUCAAGCCACGAGAUGAAUGUCUUGCACAAAGUAAUCAAGAGAGUUUUAUACAGGAUCUUUCCUACAGCCUUGAUCAGGUAAGAAGAAAAGAACAGCUUCUGAAGUCGGUCCUGCUGUACAAUUUAGACGACGACCAUCCAGCACCUGUCAACUCUGUGUGCUACCUGAGUAUCAAGGAGCAGGAGCUCUCAAACCAGUGUCCUCUGUGUCCCGGGGUUUACCACGCUGUGAACUUCACAGCCAGCGCAGAUGGGAGGAGCAGGAAGAACUGGGUGGAGGUCGACGUCACCUUGUUUCUCCAGCCUCUCUUAAAGUUUCCAAAGAAGAACAUACACCUGCUCAUUAAUGUCACCUGUCCAGACGAACAAAGGUCCAGGGGGGAUGGAAGCAAAGGCCAACAGAAGUUCACCCUCAGGCCCCCUCCUCUGCUUCUAUUUCUCACUGAUACCAGCAAAAUCACCCACCAGAAGUUACUGAUCAAUGCCAAAGCUGGUCAAAGACCAGCCACUGCAGUGAACACAUUUCACAAGCAGAUGGCGUUCAGACCAGGACAGAGGAUGGGCCAAAAGAGGAGAUGGAAGAGGGACUCUUUAAAGAGCAAACAAGGUGAUAAAAAUCUGGAUAUCCACCUGCCGGAGCUUCUUCCGAGCUCUGAGUUCCCGACAAGUGACUGCGCCUUGUACGAUUUCAGGGUGCGAUUCAGCCAGCUCAAACUGGAUCACUGGAUUGUUUUUCCACCAAAGUACAACCCCAGGUACUGCAGAGGCAUCUGCCCGCGGACCAUGGGCUUCAUCUACGGGUCUCCUGUCCACACCAUGGUGCAAACCAUCAUCUACGAGAAGCUUGACUCCUCUGUGCCCAGGCCCUCGUGCGUUCCCUCGCAUUACAGCCCCCUGAGUGUCAUGAUCUUUGAGGAGGACGGCUCCUAUGUUUACAGGGAGUUUGAAGAUAUGAUUGCCACCAGGUGCACAUGUCGCUAAAGCCAGCUAACAUCUUUUUUUUUCCUCCUUUUUUACAGGCUGAGUUAAAAAAAAAAAUCACCACAAACCUCCUGAACAGUUGU